CCGAUAUUGGAGGUGCAUGUUCUUCCUUGUCUUCUUCUUCUUCUUCUUCUUCGUCUAUCAUUUAUUAAUAAUUUUUCCCAUUAUCUUCCUCACUCACUCUCUCUCGUAGCUGCUCCAAUUUCUCCAUUUCUCACUCAUUUAAUCACAUUUCCAACUAUUCAACUACUCUCUAUUCCAAUUCCCAACCGCAUUUCACCUCCAGUGACGCUCCACUGUUAUUGUUUUUGUUUUCGUUGUUGUUGUUGUUGUUGUUGUUGUUGUUGUUUCACUCGAUGGCACUUCACUAUCACUCCUCUCCCAUUUUGCUUUUGCAGCUCUUUUUUUACUUUUCAGUCUCUUUCGCCGCUCCUCGGAGCAAUGAGACUGCUGGAGGUGUGCGGAUAUGGCCGUUACCGGUCUCCGUCACUCACGGUGGGCACCAUCGGUUCUAUGUUGCCAAGGAUUUUCACCUCAUUACUGAGGGCUCUAACUUCAGCGAUGCUUCCCGGAUACUUGAGGAUGGAUUCUCUAGGUUGCUUGAUUUGGUUCGUGUUGCUCAUGUUGUUGAUGCGAACCUCUCUCGCUUUGCUUCUUCUUCUCUGCUUCAUGGAAUCCACAUUGUUGUCUCUUCGCCUUCCGAUGAGUUACAAUAUGGUGUAGACGAAUCAUACAGAUUAUCAGUCCCUGGACCUGCGCCUGGAAAACCUGCCUAUGCAUAUCUCAAGGCUCGUACAGUUUAUGGGGCUUUGCAUGGUCUUCAGACCUUCAGCCAAUUAUGCUCUUUCAAUUUUGAAUCAAGGGUAAUUGAAGUUCGCAUGGUACCAUGGAAUAUUAUUGAUCAGCCAAGGUUCUCCUAUCGAGGGCUCUUAAUUGAUACUUCUCGACAUUAUCAGCCAUUGCCAGUUAUAAAGAAAGUGAUUGAUUCUAUGGCAUAUGCAAAGCUGAAUGUGUUGCACUGGCACAUUGUCGAUACACAAUCUUUCCCAUUGGAGAUACCUUCAUUUCCAAACCUUUGGUUUGGUGCUUAUUCUAAACAAGAACGGUAUACAAUUGCGGAUGCUACAGAAAUUGUGAGAUAUGCACAACGCCGUGGAGUCAGUGUAUUAGCUGAAGUUGAUGUUCCUGGACAUGCUUUAUCAUGGGGAGUUGGCUAUCCUGCUCUGUGGCCAUCGAAGGACUGUCAGCAGCCACUUGAUGUCAGUAAUGAGUUCACCUUUAGAGUAAUAAAUGGAAUACUGUCGGAUUUCAGCAAGAUCUUUAAAUAUAGAUUUGUUCACUUGGGAGGCGAUGAAGUCAAUACAACUUGCUGGACAGUGACUCCUCAUAUAAGAAACUGGUUAAGAAAAAAGGGUAUGAAAGAAUCGGAUGCUUACAAGUAUUUUGUCCUGCGAGCACAAAAGAUAGCUUUGUCACAUGGAUAUGAACUUGUAAACUGGGAAGAGACCUUUAAUGAUUUUGGCAGCGAAUUGAGUCGAAAGACUGUUGUGCAUAACUGGCUAGGAACUGGUGUUGCUCAAAAGGUUGUUGCAGCUGGGUUAAGAUGCAUUGUUAGCAACCAAGAUAGUUGGUACUUGGACCACAUAGACACAAGUUGGGAGCAGUUCUAUACAAAUGAGCCGCUUCAAAAUAUCAAAGAUCCUCGGCAACAAAAAUUAGUCAUAGGUGGAGAGGUAUGCAUGUGGGGUGAAGUUGUUGAUGCGUCAAAUAUUGAGCAAACUAUUUGGCCUCGUGCUGCAGCCGCUGCCGAGCGUCUUUGGACUCCAUAUGACAAUCUGGCUAAAGACCCCAGUCAAGUUUUUGCAAGGUUAGCACAUUUCAGGUGUUUACUGAAUCAGAGAGGGAUCGAUGCCGCUCCGGUAUCUGGACUCGGCAGAUCUGCUCCUUGGGGUCCUGGCUCUUGCUUUGUGCAGUGAUAAUCCAGGUUAGUCUCCCUUUCAUAGUCUAUUUGAUUAAGAUACUUCUCUUCACCAUGAAUUUAGGAAGCGGUUCAUGGUUGGUAUAGGGAUGUGAUAUAGAAUUAUGGAAUGUAGGUGUUUUCUUAUCUCUGUUUCAUUCUUUUGAAUAAAUUGGAACAGUUUGCAAAGAAUAUUAUUAUUAUAUUUAUGUCAUGAUUUGUUAGGACUUAUUGUCCUACUUUAACGAA